AGAAAACCAUGCAGAUCGUUAGCGAAAUCAAGCGCAAAACUGUAGAGCAAUCGCUAGCAGCUGAGUUUCAAAAAUUUUGGAAAUAUUUACAUACUUACGAAGUAAGAUUUUCGGUAUUGGGGAUCUGUGAUAUCAACAGAACGAUAUUGACAACGUUCAGCUCAGGAAUUGUUACAUAUCUCUUUAUUGUUUUACAAUUCGAAAAUACCUUAUAUCUUUGAAGCCAAUUCAAAAAUAUUGCAAAAAACGUUGAAAUAUAAUAAUAUAUU